AUGUCUGGAGCCAACGCCUUGAAAGCCAGCACUGGCAUCAACUCCCUCACCCCCCGCGAGGGCGAGAUUCUCGCCAAAGCCUGGGCCUGCCUCAAGACCGGUCCUCCUGAGAUCGACUACGAGAAGCUCGCUGACGAGUGUGGCAUGAGAAACCACCGCUCCGCCGCAAACGCCUGGUCUGCCAUCAAGAAGAAGAUGGCCUGGUCCACCAGCGCUGCUGUCGGCCCUGGUCGCCCCGCCGCUCGCGCUGGCGCCAAGCGCAAGAAGACUGCUGACCCCACCGACAACGAGAACAGCGACGAGGGCGAGGUUAAGGAGCAGCCCCCCGCCAAGAAGACAAAGGGUGCCGGCAAGAAAGCCACCGGCACGUCUCGCAAGAAGCUGCCUACCACCCUUGCCAAGAAGAGCCCCUCUGUGGCCGAGGAGUCCUCUGAUACUGAGGUGUACCACGAGCGGUCUGCCACCGCUGCCGGCACCAAGAAGAUGAAGACGGAGGCUUCUCAGUCUGGUUCUGGUGCGAAGGGCGAGGCUGAGCGCCCCAUCAAGAACGAGCCUGAGCCUGAUGUUGAGUCUGACGGCACCUAA